AUGAAUUUGCUGGAGGAGGUCGGUGAGAGCUCGUCUCCGGCGAGGAGUUUCGGUAGUUUCGGACAAAAUGAUAUACGGAAUGAUGUUUACCAUCGUUUAAUGGAGAGCGGAAACGAAGAGGUUGUUUCUAAUCCUGAAUUCUUCCGUGAACAGCUGGAAAUUCACUUCAACCGCUUGCCUUCUAGUUAUGGAUUGGACAUCAACAUGGACAGAGUGGAAGAUGUUUUGCUGCAUCAGAAGAUUCUUUCCAAGGCAAGGGAUCCUGGUAGUCGUCCGGUUUUUCAUGUUCGAUUUUUGGAGAAUUUUUGGACCAAGGGAGAAGAGAUUGAGGACCACGAAGUGUCAAGCAUCUCAUCCACUGUGAAGCCACCUGAUACUGCAGAUAGUGGUGGGAUGAUGCCUUUUCAUGACAGAAACAGGAAUUUUGUAAGUGACUUUGAACCUUGCUGUAAGCUUGGCGACCUAAAUUUGGAUGUUAGGAAGUAUUCCCAUGACAUGGAGAGGGGAACUACUGUUGAAGAUUUUACCCAAAGGCAAGAAGUCCCAAAUGUACCAAUUCAUGAAGUUAUUUUUUCAACCAUUGACAAACCAAAGCUCCUAAGUCAGCUUUCGGCUCUACUUUCCGAUAUUGGGCUUAACAUCCGUGAAGCUCAUGUCUUUUCUACUACCGAUGGCUACUCUUUGGAUGUUUUUGUGGUAGAUGGAUGGCCUGCUGAGGAUACGGAGGGUUUGAGUGAAGCUGUGAGAAAAGCCAUUGAUAAAAAUGAGAGAAAUUGGUCUGGAUCUUCACCUUCCAAGUCUGCGGUGGAAAAGGCUUUAACUCUAGACACAAAACCCGGAGAAUGGGAAAUUGAUGCAAGGUUGGUCAAAGUAGGGGAGAGAAUUGCCUCAGGAUCCUCUGCAGACCUGUACCGAGGAGUUUAUUCUGGUCAGGACGUUGCUGUCAAGAUUCUCAAAUCUGAGCAUCUGGAUAACACAUUAGAAGCUGAAUUUGCUCAAGAAGUGGCUAUCUUGAGGGAAAUUCAGCAUCAAAAUGUUGUCCGCUUUAUAGGAGCAUGUACAAGGUCUCCUAAUUUUUGGAUCGUUACAGAGUACAUGCCGGGAGGAAGCCUCUAUGAUUAUUUACACAGGAAGCAUAAGACCUUGAAACUCCCUCAGCUUCUGAAGUAUGCCAUUGAUGUCUGCAAAGGGGUAGAGUAUUUGCAUCAAAACAAUAUAAUUCACAGGGAUUUAAAAACCGCAAAUUUGCUCAUGGAUAAUCUAAACGUUGUUAAGGUAGCUGAUUUUGGAGUUGCCCGGUUCCAGUCUGGUGAGGGUAUCAUGACAGCUGAGACUGGGACAUAUAGAUGGAUGGCUCCUGAGGUUAUAAAUCAUCAACCAUACGAUCAAAAGGCAGAUGUUUAUAGCUUUGCAAUUGUUCUUUGGGAGCUUGCGACAGCCAAGAUUCCGUAUGAAAGUCUGACACCUCUUCAAGCUGCUCUGGGAGUAAGAACGGGUAUUCGUCCCGAGCUUCCUGCAGACGUUCAUCCAAAGCUCUCAGAUAUAAUGGUGAGAUGUUGGGAUGCAGUACCUAUUACCAGACCGUCAUUCUCUCAGAUCAGAGUUGAACUUGAACAACUUUUACAUGAAAUUGAGGACAAUUCUGCAGAAACCAGAUAGCAAACUGAAAUCAUGCACAUAGUAUACUCUUACCGGCCGUCUUGUCAGUAACUACUGAGGGAUCUUUUUUUGUUUCUCCAGUUCAUAUAGCAUGAGGUUUAACUUUCUUGACGGAAUUCAGACAAAGUAGAUGGAUUUCCAUAGGUCUUACGGGAUAAGCAGAGUAAUUGAUGUUGUUGGUUUAGAGAGCAUGUAAAAAACGAUACACUCAAAGUGGACUAUCAACAUGGAGCAAACUGUGUUACAUUUUUCCUUCUGAUUUUUUAUUUUUUAUUUUUUUUGCCUUUUGAUAUGUAGUUUCGCUAUCAAUGUUGGGAAAUUGUUCUUUUUUGGUUACUUCGUUAGGUUACCAAAAUUUCAUGAACUGUACUGUACUAUCUCGAUAUCGAUCUACAUUAUAGAUCACUGAUGUGGUCGUCAAACCAAGUCCACAACUGAUAUUUCAGAUUUAAAGUCAUCCGUAG